ACCUCAACCUUUUGUCUUCACUUCCUUUUGCAGUUCCCGCUCUCUUCUGCUCUGAAAAUCAAACCAAAAAAAUCACUGAAAAAAAAAAAAAAGGGUUGUGUUUCUUCCAAUCUUCUCCACCAUGACGACGAGUUCACUCAGCUGGGUAGCUCAGCACUGAGUCAUCACAUCGUCUCGCUCAAAUCAUCAACCUAUGGCCUCCUCACCCUCGACCCACCUCCACCUCCAAACCAUCCCACUACCCCACCAACCCCACCUUCUCGUUUCACUCUCGGCUCCAUCUUCCCAACCCCAUUAUCCGAACCCAAAUCCCUUUGGUCCGAACCCAGACCUCCCCGAACCGACCCGGAAGUCAUUAACUCCUGGGAACUCAUGGCCGGUCUCGACGCCGACAGUUUCCGAUUCUCCCCAAUCCCACCUCCCAAACCCUUCGCUGUUAGAGACCCAAUCGCCGCCGCCGGCGCCGAUAAAGAGAAUUCGAACCCCAAUCGGAAUCUCAAACCGCUAAACGACGACGUAUUGAGACCACCCUCGAAGAGGAAUUUGCUGCUUCUGGAUCGGUUCGAGAAUAUAUGCCCGUCGAGUGGUAGGAAACUAGUUUACAACUUAUAUGGAGUUGGUUUCAGGGACCUACUAGAUUAUUAUUUGAUUUCUGGGUCCCUUUUAUUUAGUAAUUAAUAUUAUGUAUUCUCACCCAAAAAUAAAGGUAAAAUA